AUGAAGGAUAACACAUCUCAGACCACAAAACUAUUAAAUAAUAAUGAGGCGGAAGAACAUGUCGCACUCCCAUGUGACAGAUACAGUAGUAGACUAACAUUCUACCUAUCAUUAACUGAGAACUAUUUGAUGACAGUGAUAUUUAUUAUUGUUACCCCAAUUAUGUCAUAUGUGCCAUUAUUAUUGGGUCUAAUAGGAAUACCUGUGGUGUACUUGAUUGCUAGUUUUCUAAUUGAAUUGCUCUUAAUAACGACCAUACCCUUUACAUUUUCCUAUGAGUUUAUUAUCAAAAAGAUGGAAUUAGCCGGACAGAUGAAGUUUUAUAGUGAGAUAGUUCAGCAUAAACCUUGUUCUGACCCUGCAACUUGGAAUACCGUAGGGUGUCAUAUGAAAUUAUAUUUCCAAGAACAUGGAUAUAACAUGCCGCUAUACGAUGGGUCAGAUUACUAUAUGUUGUUUACCAAAAUGGCAUCUCCGUUGACAUUUAACACAGAACCUAAUCCAGCUUCGAAUCUAUCACAGAACACAGUCGGAAACAUAGAACAAUCUAAUAAUGAUCAAUUCGAUGGCGGCGCAACAAUUAAUGAUAAACCUCAAAAGGAGCGACAGUUGGUAUAUCUGGAGACUGCUAAAGAAAAAGCUAUCCAGACCUUCAGAGAGACUGAGGAUAGACAUUGGGUGUCGUUAUACCCUGAACUUGCUUUUUGA